CGUAUCGCCCGGUCCGACCGCCCUAGCUUACUUAGGCCCACCCGCCCUUCGCGUGUAUCCAUCCUAUCACAACCUUUUCAAUUACUAAUAUCCCUUUCAUAUUCCUUUUUCAAAACAUUCCUGACAUUUGUGAUAAAGAUUUUUCCAAACUUUUCUGCAUUGAAAAAGUGUUAAUGAAGUACAAUACUGGUUAAGGUUCCUCUAAGUGCCCGGACCAUCGAGUGAGUGAAUUAGUGGGAUCGACCUUUACAUCGUGUAAUUGGUCGUGUGAUGCUUUGGGUAGUUGUGGGUAUAUAGUGCAGUGGUGACGUGCGUGGUGUGGUGGCGGUUCGGUAGCAAGCGCAUGCAGGGGCGCGCGGGCGCUGGCCCGGGCGGGCACCGCUCAAACCCGCGCGCCCUCCCUCCACCUGUGUUGCCACCUCCGCCGCAAUUCGCUACAGAACCCGACGAGAUGCCUGCCAACCAGAUAGCCCAGGUGAUUGCACUGAUAUGCGGCUUGUUGGUUGUAAUUCUAAUGGUGCUGGGACUGGCCUCCGCGGACUGGUUGAUGGCUGCCGGCUGGCGGCAGGGGCUAUUCAUGCACUGUAUAGACCCCGAAGCGCCUACGCCUUUACCCUUCGAUAUUACCGCACAACCUGGGUGUUAUGCUGCGAGACCGGCGCCGUAUAUUAAAGCGGCGGCCGGGCUGUGCGUGGCGACGCUGGCCGCAGAUGUGUGCGGCGCGCUGCUGACUGGACUCGGCCUGCGCGCCGCCGACCACCGCACCAAGUUCCGGUACUAUCGGUUCGCGGUGCUCGCCAUGGCGCUUGCAUUGAUGUGCAUUUUAAUAGCACUAGUAAUCUACCCAGUAUGUUUUGCCGCCGAGUUAAAUUUGGGUAACCGGUCGGUUUGGGAGUUCGGCUGGGCGUACGGUGUUGGCUGGGGCGCCGCCAUCUUCCUGUUCGGCGCCGUCGUGCUACUGCUGUGUGACAAGGAGAGCGAGGAACUGUACUACAAGGAACGAAAAGUGGUACAGGCGGAGGGCGGCGGCCGCCCCUAGGGCCGCGGGCGCCUGCCCGACCUGGUGCCGUGAGCGCCGCGCUGAGUGCGACCCUCACCACUCCCACCAUCACCACCACCACCACCACCACCUUGCACCACACGCACCCCAAGCGACUCACGAACACCGCGUCUUCUACGUCUAACGAACUCGCUCACUUAUUGGCGAUCCAUAGGCUCUAGACAAGCAAUAAAUGAAUUCAUCAAUAGCAUGUCGACUGCAUCAGAAAAACCAAGACUGACAUUAUUGUCUCGUUUUUUCUUAUGCGUUUGGUUAGCGAUCGAUUAGCUAUUGAUAUCUUUGUUACGACUUGUCUAUGUCCUCUGGCCGUUUUGUCUUGACGAGUUCGUAGUCGGUUGUUGGUACUGAGUUUGGCCGCUUUAUAGAUUAGUACCUCCGAUCAAAGUAACAAAAUCCGUAAUUUAACGUUUGGUCUGAUAGUAUUUGUACAAAUCAUGUAUAGCUUCAUGUAUUAAACGCUUGAACGGCAGCUAUAGUACCGGAACUGGUGUAGUUAGAUGUAGGAAUUAGGUGCGCUAUCGUUUGAAAUCGAGAAUUGAAACCUUAAACAUUGCAUUGGUUUUC